AAUCGCUCAUAACUUCAACAAUAUCCGCCAAGUCUGAACACGUUAUUUAAAAAUUGUAAAUAAACAGGAACAGCAACACUUCCUUCAGUUUCUCUUAGUAAUUAAUUAUCUUAUAAGGUAUCUCCGAUGCCAUGCCAAAGGGCAAUUUAAAUGAUUACAAAUCAGGGAACAAAUUAUAAAUUCAGUCUCGGUUACUUAAAACUUAAUAAUUAUGGUGUUUCACUGUCUUUUUUAUCUGAAAUAAAUUCGGCCUUACAGUUUACAGAGCCCCUGUCACAAUUCAAUUAUGCUGCAGCCUCAUAACGCCGGGAUAGCCUAGCUAAGAGAAGAAGGCUUGCUAAAAUCUUCUUAUACGGGGAUUAACUAUACUUUAUAAAUCUAAGUAAGUAAAUGAUAAAAUAUAAACCUAGACCAAGUGUACUAUACUAUACAUACAAUAGUUAAUAUAAGUUAAGCCUGUUGACACUAGAAGAGUCUAGUUCUUAGUUGUCAGUUGUUGAGUUGUAUAAAGUAUCUCUGAUUUUGAUUACUUUGAAUUUGAAUUUUGAUUGUGUUGAAAAACUGAAGUAAGACAUGGAGUUCACUGAGUGAUAUUAUUCAUUGAACGUGGAAUUUUUUUUUUACGCAAGACUAAGUUAUCGAAAUAAAAAAAUUGACCCCCCCCCCCCUGUUCCCCCAUAAAUGACAAGUUCUUUCCAACAUCCAUUUAACGUAAUUGAAAUAAUUGUCAUUGUUUCUAGAGGGUUGAAGGUAUGUGUAAGUGUAAACUGUAAUAUCUAAAUUUGUUCUCUUACCAAGUUAGCUGCUGGUUUUGGUUUUCCCAAGUCUUUUGCUCAGGCUUUCUAACUAACCAAAUAUAGCUGUACACUGUGUUGUUGGGCUGUCAAGACAAUUUCAACCAAGUCUUCUUGAAUAUUCCUUUUCGUAGUUUCUCUCAGGCUGCACAUAAGAAUGUGUUUACCUUUAAGUAAGGGGUUUUUAACCAGGUAACCAGGAUUGCUCAAAGUGUCAGGGGGUGCGGGAAGCCUCAGAAAAUCAGGUUUAUUUGGAUAUUAUUAUCACUUUUUAUUGUGGGGUUGCAAGAAAUAUGUUUUGAAAUCGAGAUGAUAUUGCAGGAAAUGUUUUGAAAUCGAGAUGUGUUACAGUCCUGUAAAAAGGUUAACCCCUGCUUGAGCUGGAGGUGGCCUUGGACUUCCACAUUAAAAAAAAGUUUGAUUAUAUUAUCCUGUAUUUUUAGAUCAUUUUGAAGCAUCAUGUUAAAAUUUUUCUAAAUUUUAAACAAAGUAAUUUUAGUAAAAACAGAAAACAUGGAAUCUGAAAUUUCUGAUAAAUCAAGUGGAAAAAUCUGGCACCGAAAACCAAGCCCCUCCAAGGACGAUGGGUAAGAUGUUUCAGCUUAAGUUUUUGUAAUUGUUUCUUUAAAGAUUCAUUUCAGCACUAACAACUUCAGCUUGGAAGUUUUUAUAUUUAAUUACAUUUAGUUAAGUUUAACAUUUCUUUUUAAUUACAUGUAAUCUUUAUAUAAUCUAGUAACAAAUUAGAAUAUUUGCUUUUAUACCAGUUCUAUUACUUUUUUUAUCUUCAGUCUGAUCAUCAAGUUGAAGCACAGUGCCACCGGCCCCUUUACAGGACCAUCCAGAAACAUUCCUUUCUUGAAAGCCAGCUUUGAUAAUACUAGUGAUAAAUUCAUAGCUGGUGACAGUCAAGGUCACAUUUAUUUAUUUGACCUAACUAGGAAUAGGUGUGUGUAUCUUAUAGGCCUACUCGCAAUAAAAAUAACUGUAGAAUCUGAAGAACAUUGAAAAUUAAAGUGGAUAAAUAUCUUAAAGACAAUUAUUCUCUGGUGUUUCAUACCUUAAUCAGACCAUAAAACAACCAAGCAUCUCUUCAUUUAGUUUCAUUAAGACAUUAGCUACAAUAUUCAAUUGUGUUCUUCAAAAUAAUUACAUUAUCCUCUUUGUAACCUUCACUAGUUUAGCAGUCAUAAUAGCUUAAAUGGUUAACAUUUAUUGUGGCUCUUUCCAGAUACACUGAGAUCCAAAAGACUGGCCUGCCAUGUACAGCGCUGGCAUGUGGGCUACAUCACAAAUCCGAGUUCUUAGUCGCACUGGGGGAUUACACACUCAGGUGCUAUGAUGCAGGUAGUAUUGCCAUUGUAACUCUUUCUUAAGAUAGAUAAAAUAUGUCACUUGUCGGCUUUACAACUCACAGAAGGUUAGUUAUAGUUAAGGUCGUCACAUAAUAUGUAUCUCUAGUUCUUUUACUUCUAGAUAUCUGUUGGCCUUUUUUUUUUAAUGUGCAGCUACAGAUAACAAGAGUAAACAUUUCAUGUCUGAUUAGUGAUGUACCUAGGAAGUGGAGAACUGGGCGGCAAUUUUGGAGUUCAAAUAUAACAUUACAUAAAUUAUGUAUGUGUGUUUGUUUUUGGUGGUUUUUUUGGGUGGGGGGCAUACUUUUGUAGGGACUUUGCCCUAGUUGACAUUUAGUCAAUGUAUGCCACUGUGCCCUAAACCACUGUUCUGAUCUUCUCCAAAAAAAUGUUUUAGGUACAGUUUUAAGUAAUAAAAACUCCUCCGAAAUCUCAUGACUCAAAUCAAUAUUCUAUCAACAUGAAAUUUGAUUAUCCUAAUCCUAGAUUAUUUUUGUAUUGUUGUAGAAAAGAAGUCGCUGGUAGCCUUGAUGAAAGGGCAUGAAUCGGCCAUCCACAGUAUAUCUGUUCACAUGUCAGGCCAUUACGCUGUCACAACAUCAUCAGAGACGACACUUCUGUGGGACCUGGAUACUUUUCAGAAAAAGCACAAGCUCAACAUCAAGGAAGAUGUUGGUCUCUUACAGGUGAGGGCAUUUAGAUCACAAUUUAAGUAUUGUCCCUGUUGGAAAAUUAUUCUCUCUGAACUGAAACUGCGAGCAUGUGAUGAUUAAAAUUGGCCUGAUGUAUAAGUAAAUUUAGUCUGCCCACAUCUGGAAGUUCUAACACUUCAUACAUUUCAGUGUACCAUGUAUCCAUCCAAUACAAAUGAAUACACUAGGAAAGAGAUAAACCAUACAAUUUUAUUUUAUCCUUUGAAAUGAAUAAAAAAUAACAUUUAUAUUCUUUUUUUGUAUAGCUUAUUUGGCAAUUGAAAAAUUCUUUGGUACCCCCUUGAUGCUCUUGACACAUGCAUAUUUUGUACCAAUCAUUAAUCCAGCCCUAAGCUUCACCCUAUAAGGAAAUGCAUUGUGUUGGAUAUACAAGAUAUUAUCUCAAUAUUUUUCUUCACUUCCAGGCAUUUUUCCUUCCUAAUAGCAAUACUAUUAUGACGUGUUUCCAUGAUGACACAAUAUUUGCCUGGGAUCUGGACUCAAUGACCUGUAAAUAUCAAUUGCCUGUACCUGUCGGAGAAACUCCGAAAUACAGAGCUUUUGCUGCUUCCAGGUAAAUUCUAAAUGCAAUAAAGCAGCAUUAAAAAUUCUCGAUUUGAAUAUUUAUGAGGAAAUUCUAUCUCUUGCAUUAUCUAUUAGUUGACUUUAUGUUCUUUGCUGCAUAUUCUUAUUCCUAGACAUUUAUAAUUUGACCGAAAGAUUUAUCAAACAUAAUUUUUCAAAAGUGUUAAAAAAUUUAACCAUAGUUAUUUUUCAUUCAUAGAGAUGCUCGUUAUUUAAUAGCUGGUGGGAAGUCCCGAUUUCUGUAUCUGUGGUCUCUUGACACAAGACAACUGAUCCGAGUGAUUGAGAUGCCAAAUAAAGUGGCUUCCAUAAAACAGAUGGAAUUCUUGCAGGACAGUUACCAAAAUGGUGUCAAUCAGGUUGGAAUGAGCUUAACUUAAACAGAACAUUGUAUUUUUUAAGCAAUUGAAUGUAAUCUAUCCAUCGAAAAAUUUUAUUACAGUGAUUCCCACAGCCCCUGAUUAAGAACUCCUGCCAUACAUCGUUUCAUCAUUAACACAGAUCAAUAAACAAUGAAAUAUUAUCCUUUCCAAUAUGUGAUUUGAACAACCUAAAAUUUUGUAUUAUCUUUAUGCUGUCUUUAUUUUUUUUUUCCCCCACAGAUAUUAGGGGUAUUGUCACAAGAUGGCAUCAUGCGUUACAUCAAUACAGACUCAUGCAAACUGCUCUUUGACAUUGGGACAGUUGAGUCCAGGCUCAGACAUACUGUCACAGGUCCUGGUGGACGUCACAUUGUAGGAGUCACUGAAAAUGGCUCUUUGAACAUCUACAGUGUUGAUGCUUUAGCAGCUGAUCUCAACAGGGUGAGUGCAUUGGGUGUCAAGGUAUUUUUUUUCUGGUUAAAUUGCACUGACUAGAUCUUUUAUAUCAUUGCCUAUAAAAGGGAACUAUCAGAUUGCAACAAAUGAAGGCAUCAGCCUAGCACCAUCAAUGAAAAGCCUUCAAACAGGAACAAGACUCACCUUCAUCAUCCCCCCCCACUCUCAGCCUCAGGUCAGGGCACUCAAGAAAAUUUCUCACUUGGUCUUUUGGAUGGUUAAGCCUCAGAAAUCAGCUACAACUGGGGCAAAGCUCGUACCUUAGCUGUGUCACUGAAUUUAUUGUCCCUUAAUUUCUUUGUUUUAAAUUUUUGUCUUCGUUUCAAACAUUAACAAAUAUUUAUUUCUUCGUCCCAAUCUUUUGCCAGCCUCCACCAGCUUUAAUGAAGGUGGUGACAGGGGACAGACUUAGUGACACGCUAUCAACAGAGAGCAGCAUGAGGAGAGCCAAAGCUAACCAAGGAUCUGCUAAACAAGAGAAGCUUAAAAAAUCUGGCCAGAAUUCACAAGCCAGUGAUGAGGAGAAUGAUAAAGAAACUGUAAGAUUUAAUAGGAGUAAAUUUAAACACUUAGCAAUUAGCCAAUGUGUAAAUCGUGCCAAAUGUGCUUUUCUUGUAAACAUUUAAUUCCUAAUUUUAACCAUGCCAAUUGUUUAAUUAAUUAUCUAUAAUAGUACAUCAUCGGAUUAACACACAAAAAAAAUAAUUCAUUAACUAGUUCAUUUUCAUUUAAACAUCUUUAUAAAACUGCACCAUUUUAUCAUGAUGAAUUAAUCUUUUGAACAAAAAUUUUACUCAUCUCUCAGUUAAUCUUCUUACAUUAAACUAUUAUUAAAUGCUAACUUAUUUCACAGAGUGCUGAGCUUGGAGGACUUAACAAGACCAAACUUUUGGCAAUCUUAAAAGGCUAUGGAGAGUAUCCUGCUAAAUAUAGGUACAUUUUUUAAAACAUUUGCAUCUUUGACAGUUGAGAUUUGAGAUCAUCUACCACUAUUUUGUCUCAAAUUCAUGCACAUUACUCACAUUUAUUGUGUUAUCCUAAUUCUCAUUUAUGAUCAUACAGAAUUUGAUUAAGGAAAAAAAAACUGGUCAAUUUUUUUACCAAAAGUUUGUUCAGUUGUUUUGCAGGAAGGAGUUAAGAUUAUGAUAUGGUAAAUUUUUACCAAAAGUUUGUAGUUUUUCUAGAAGGAGUGAAAAUUAUGAUAAGGAACAAUAAGAUAGAAAUAUAAUGAGUUUUUGUCAUGUCUUCCAACAGGAUGUUCAUAUGGAGAAAAAUUUUGGAAUUGCCAGAAAAUUUCUCUGCCUAUGCUGCUCUUAUCGACAAGGGAGUUCAUCCAUCUUACAGCAAGCUCCAUGAAGUCUAUCCAAUCAAGAGUCGUAAACUGUUGAGGAUUUUACAAAGGUGAGGCAGGAUAUCAGUGCUAUUAUUUCAUGUCAUGUUCUCCUGUGUAAAGUUUAUUAUAACAACAUUGAAUAAAUGUCCAGUAGUCAUUAGUCAUACAGUGUUGGUAAAUAAUUUGAUCAAACUCAACUCCAUAUAUGUAGUAGUCUUUAAUGUAAAAAAAAAUUUUAAAGGUGAAUUACAAUGUAGGGAAGGUUGAAAACGGAGUACAGUAUGGAUUGUUGAAAACAGAGUUCUGUAGGGAUGGUUGAAAACAGUAAAGUAGGGAUGGUUAAAAAAUAGUACAGUAGGGAUGGUUGAAAACAGAACAGUAUGGGUGGGUUAAAAGCCGGGUACAGUAGGGAUGGUUGAAAACAGGAGUACAGUAGGGAUGGUUGAAAACAAAGUACAGUAGGGAUGGUUGAAAACAGAGUAUGUUUGUAACUAAUGUUUUUAUCUCAAAUAACAAUAAGCACAUGGCUUUCAUUUCUCUUAGUUAUAAGGGGGAGAGAUUGCAACUAGGUUUUAGGUUGAAGAAGCCCACUUGCCGCCUCAUUCCUUAUUUUGUUACAUCAUUUUUCAGGUUUUCCCCUACUUUGUUUUGCUUAUUUCCUUUUAUUUCUCCUCUUGAAAGUUACUUUCCUUUCAUUUUCUUUUUUUGGCAAUACAGAAUUUUAUCAGCAUUAGGGCAUUGGUCACCAAUAUUUGGAGAAACUCAAUAUCUGCCGACAUUUGCUUUUCCUUUUGUCAAGCUCUUCCAGAACAACCACUUGGUUUGCUUUGAGCUCAUCGCAACAAUCCUGGGUGAGGAAUUUGGUUUUCUAGUGCUGUCAUCACUGGUGUUUUCUGAAAAUGAUCUAUUACCGAUUUAAGAAAAUUAAUAAGUAUUAAAGGAUAAGAUAUUCGUGUCAUUAAUUUUAAUGUUGUACGUCAAUUUAUUUUUAUAUCAUUUUGAUUUUAUACAUUUAAUAUAAUUGAAGCCCUGUGUUGUAUCAUUUUUAAAUUUUCCCUUUUUCAAAUUUUAUAAAAUUAUUUAUAAAUUGAUUGAUACAAAUUUUCUUUUAUGUUGACAGUGAACUGGGGCCAACAUUGGUUUGAAUAUUUCCCCAAUCCACCCAUCAACAUCCUUGGCAUCAUAGAGAACCUGUUGGCUCAGCAUGAGCCAAAUCUGCUUCAGCACUUUGUCAAGUUCGGCAUCACCUCCCAGGUUUGUUGAAGUGAUCAGAUGUCAUUCUUGAUUUGUCUGUUAAUAUUUAUCAUUAUUCUGUUAGUUUUAUCAAAGUGGUAAGAAAACAAACCAUUGAAACCAACACAAGCAUAAUGGAACUACAUUUCCAGUUAAAAGUAUUUAUUUUACAUGGUAACAACACAUGGCUAGUUGUUGAAUUUAUUUAUAUUUGUAUCAUUUAGCAAUAAUGGUAAAAAAAGUCAUCCUUUUUUUUGAGCAUCAUCUUUUGUCCUGUAUUUUAAGAUGUAUGCCUGGCCACUGCUAGAGACUGUGUUUUCUGAAGUUUUGACUCAAGAUGAGUGGUUCAUGUUGUGGGACAAUAUUGUCAGUAACCAUCCAUCUUACAUCCUCAUGGUGGUCGUGGCAUAUACAAUAUGUGCACGGGGACCUCUUAUGAAAUGUACAGAGAUGGAUGACUUUAAGGUCAGUGUUGUAACAAAGUUUAAAAUUUAUGCCAUCUUGAUUAUGAGUUGGAACACAUUCUGGCUGGAAUCUUAUCUAUGCAUGAUUAUUUUAUGGUUUUUAAAUAAUUUUUUUAAAAAUAUCAUAGCCUUGUAAAUAGAAAGUGCCUUUCAUAUUAUUAUUAUUGGUGUUUUUAUAUAGCGCAGUACCCCAGCCUAUGGCUGGGCUCACCACGCUGUACAUAAAAUUUAACAAACAUAAUCAUGAACUUAAAAAUUAACAUACAUUAAUUAAAUAAAACAAAACAAAUGUAUAUUCACUACACCCAUUCAAGAACUAUUUACAUGUCCAGCCAUAGACGGCACCCAGCAGCAUUGUUUAUUGGUCAGACAGGGGGAUCAGUCAGGAUAGUAGAGUUUAAAGAGAUGUGUUUUGAAGGCUGUGAUGGUCGAUAUAAUGCGAUUGUGUAGUGGAAGAGAAUUCCAUUGUUUGGGGGCACAGAAAGAGAAAGAUCGUUCACCGUAUGUUUUUGUGCGAGUCUUGUUGACAGAAAGAAUACGCGUGUCUGUGGAGGAGUGAAGUUGUCAAAGGGGUGAAUAGACAGAUAGAGGUUCGGCUAGAUAGGAAGGAAUUGGAGAAAAAGUUGUGCCAGAGAAUAGAGAGUUUGUAGUCAAUCCGUGCUUGUACAGGGAGCCAAUGAAGUAGUGGUGUGAUGUGAUCACAUUUUUUUGCCUUUAGAAUUAGCCUUGAAGCUGAGUUUUGAACCUUUUGUAAUUUUUCAAUGAAAUAUUUUGGUGAACCUGACAGAAGAGAGUUACAAUAGUCAAGACGAGAGAGAUAAUGUGAAGUAAAAUAUAUAAAUGCCAAAAAUGAAUUACAUGAUCUCUUGAUUUUAAAAAAAAAACUUUUAAAGCACUACUACUUAAAUUAUUCUCUGUUUUAGGACUGAAAAAGAAUAUAUAACUGCAUAUCUCUCAAAACUGCUAUUCAACUAUCUUUUUUUCUUCUUUUCAAGUUCUUUUUUCACCAUCGUAAUGCCAUAAGUAUCAAACAAGUUAUCAAGGAGGCCAACCAUCUAAUGGAAUCAACUCCAUCUGACCUUCACCCUGAGAAUAUUUUGGAAGACUUUGUUCCAUUGACAAAAGGAAACUAUCCAGUAUUCAACAAGUAUCCCAAGUUCAUUGUAGAUUAUCAGGUAUGAGAAUUUUUUAUAUACAUGUGAAGCUGAUUGAUUUUACUAAUACUAAUUUAAAUAUUCUUAAAAAAUGUAUUGAUCAUAUUCAGUUAAAUGUAUUAAUAGAGUUAAUAAUUGCUAUAAAUUAGUUUACUUUAUUUGUGAAAAUUUGGUAGUCUUCCAAAACCAAAUUUGUUAUAGAUUUUUUUGUUCUGUUAUUUUUGUUCAGGUUCAAGAAAGAGAAAGAAUUCGACAGGAGGAGUUGGAGUACAUGAGACAAAAGUAACAACAAAUUUUGUAUCUUGGACUUAUAUGGGAGAUAAUUUAAGUAUAGUCAUUUAGUGCUUUGUGGCGAUGCGUGUCCGAGUCCCGUUAGACUAAAUGCUAUUCGGCUGUCAUUUGUGGUAUUUAUUUUAGUUAAACUGAAGAAGUAAGUUUACAAAAUAUAGUCCAUUCAAUUAUCUUACAUUUGAUAACUAAUUUUGUCUUACAAACCCUACAAUAAUAUUUUAAAUAUUUUUUUAAUAAACUCAAACUCUCACUUCUGUUGCCCUGGUCCAAGUAGCCGCAGCCUUCUGCUUAUUGUUAGUUGUUAAGAAAAGGAUUUCUGAGGGUUUAGUUUGAAGACCUAAGUUACAUUGGCAUCGGGUGCAUAAGUUAAUAUUAUUAAUUUUAAAUAAAAGAAUGAGGAUUAUUUACUGAUGUAUUUAAGUUAUUUUAUUAAUUUUUGAACAGCCAAGAAAUAAUUUUAAAGAAUUUUGAACACUUUUUUGUGUACAAUUAAACAUUUCCUGUUCUAAGCUUUAGCAAAUAAAUUCCAAGGUGUUGAGUUUGCUCUGUCAACACUAGCGGUUGUUUUCAAUACUUUUUAACAUACAUCAGGGUCCUCACUCUUGAUGUUCAGAAAGAAACAGUGCAAAAACAGCAAGAGGAGCAACAAUGGUACAGGCAGCAACAACUGUUGCUGGAAGCAGAAGAGAAGAGGCGCAGAAUGAUUCAGGAAGAAGAGGCCAAAUUGGCUGACCAACGGAAAAGGUGAGCAGUAAGAUGUGACUAAUGAGUUAAUAUACUUGUUACAUUUUGGUUUGUUCUUUGGGUUAAUUAUAACAUUUAUGUAUGGCUAGUUGUAAAUUGUCUAAUCACUUACAAACUUCACUUUUCCUUGUAUAGGAGGUCCUCAUUGACGUCGGGGUUCUGUUUUUCUUUCAUUGGUAACACAACUUGAAAUCCACCCUAAUUUACUAAGCACCCUACUGACUCAUAAACUAUGUAUAUUUGUACCUGUAUAUAUACAUGUAUGUAGUAAAAUAUGUAUAUAUGCUUGUACAUACAUCAAAUUUAAGAUAUUAAACCAUAAUUAAACAUAUUUGGAUGCUGCCGAUCACAUGAUUAAAGUCGCUUGGGAUGUGUCAUUAUGUGCUAUUUCACAAGCUAGCCUGCUAACUUCCAUGAUGACAUUGUAUCUGCUCGUGGCACACUGAAAAAACUAGCACAUUUAAUAAAUUUAUUACGUUUUUUUUUUUUGCGCUGGGCACAACGGACGUAAUAUGGAAUCUGCCAUAAUAUGAACCCCUGUAAAAUGAGGACCUCCUUUAAUUCCUUUCUUGAUGUUUUUGGCCAAACGUUUGUAACUUUUAUUAUAUCAUAAUUAAAAAACUACCAAAUAUUACACACAUGAUUUCUAUCUUUUUAAAAUCUACUUCAGUUUUAUAGCAAUCUCUUCUUUAAGGAAUGAUUUGAGUAGUAUAAUUAAAACAUUGUUGUGUUCCAACUAGUAAUAACAGUUUGCUUAUGACAAUUUUAAAUAUUUGGAUGUCAGAUCUGAUCCAGACUUGAUUUAGCGGUUGAUCAUAUAAUUGAAAUUAUAAUGUUUGCAGAACUUUUGUGACUAGUAACAAUAAUAAAAAGGGAUUGACUUUUUAAAAAAUGUUCUUUAUUUUACUUGUAAUCAAAUAAUUUGACUUGAUAUGGAGAUAAUGAGGAUUAAGAUAGUUAGAUUAUAUGUCAUUAAAUGAACCCAAUAUUUCCAAUAAUUUUUAAACACUGUGUGUUCUGUGAUGCAUUAACAAAAAUAUUUUUUUAAAAUUAUUUCAGACUCUUAGCAAUGAAUCGUGAGGUCAAGAUAAAGGAGCUGACUCUGUUAGAGGCUGGACGUCGAAAAUUUCUUCAGUUUCAAAAGGAACAGAGGGAGGUCGAGCUGAGGCGACUGGAUGAUGAGUUGCAGAGAAAGGUGGGUUGAUUGAAAUAGGAACAUUGAAACAGUUUCAGCAAAUUUUAUAAUUAAGAUAUAAUUAAUGAAGGCUGAAAUAAAUAGUGGUUUCUUUUUAAGACCACAGUAAAAAAUGGGUAGGUAUUUUUUACAUUAUUUCUUUAAUUUUCUUAAUUUUUUUCUUUUUGAAAAAUAAAUUUUAAUCCUAAAAUACAUAAUUUUAUUAAUUAAAUGCUUUUACUCACUAAAUCCCUUAGGUAUUGCCAGAUAUAAUGCAACUAGACUUAUUAGAAAAUGGUUCAAGGUUUUAUCAAUUGACACAUUCAUAAAAUAAUAUUUAUUUUUUUAAGAUCACAAACAAUAUUUUAAAAUUUUUUCAGGCCUUGCAAAGGGAUCAAGAAACUGAGGUAGCCAUCCAAGAAGCAGAGAUUAAAAAUAUGGAACUGCAGUUACAAAAGAAAUUAUUUGAGCAGGUUGGUCAAUUUAUUUUAUUUUAUCAAUAAAUAACCGCAAAAAAAUUAUUUCAGUUAAUUUCUUUUUCAGUUUUUAAGUGGUUGUACUGUUUCAUGUAAAGAUUUAUCCUUGUCAAACAUUGGUAUGAAAAUCAUUAAGAACAUUUUAUUUUUUAAUUGUAAAUAGCAGAAACCAUUAAAAAAUCAUAAAUGUAGAAAAUUCAACAGCUAAAUACAAAUUAUCAGAGCUUGGUCAUUAAAUUUGUAAGCUCUUGAGCUCUGCAUUAAAUAUGUUUAGGACAAAAUUGUAAAAUGACAUGGAUCAAUGUGUCAUAACCAGACCUGCUCAACAUAUGGCCAGCUUUUCGGCCCGCAAAGUAAUGAAAUAUUAUGUUUAAUUAUUAUUUUCUCAAUAGCUUUCCCCCCUGUCCUAUUUUCUUUUGGCCCGCACAAGUUUUUCAUAAAGUGUUACGGCCCGCCUUACAUUAUGAGUUGUUCAGGCCUGGUUAGCCAUUAGCUAAUGAUCUAAAAUCAUAAAAUGUUUUAAGAUUGUUACCUCAGCUUAGAAUUAUUAUGAGAAUUAAAAUACCUUCCAAGCAGAGAACUGAAAGCCUGUGAUUUUUUGAGACAACUCUUAACAUUUCUUCUUUUUUUUUUAAAUCUCCAUUAUAAAAACUAUUUAAGGAACUGUACAGAGAGUUUGCCAUCCAGUCACAAGCUCUGCGUUCAGAACAGGAUAUGCACCGAAAACAGACAGAACUUGAAGACAGAUUGAAAUUAAAACUGGACGAUGCUGAGAGGAGUAGAGAACUGGAGGCUCGAAAAGUAGGUACUUUAAAUAAUUCACAUAAAAAGUCUAGAUUGCUAACAUUUUAGGUAUAAUGUAUCAGUUACUCAUUAUGUUGUUAAUUUUUGUCUGCCCCCUGGCUAUUAUUGAUUUAAUUUUUAAAAACCAUCUAAUGGUCAUUUAUUUCAAUUUUCAACCAAAAAAAUCAAGUAAGAGUUUGUUUAAAAGAAGUUGUAGAAAUCUUCAUACAUAGUCUUUUGGUAAGUGAGCAUGGGAGAAGUUGCUUUGAGAGUUUUCAUCAUUAUAAAACAUAAUUAUCACUCCUUUUUGUGUAAAUAUCUAAAUAAAAUUUACCAGAUGUGAUUACACUUAUGAUUUUGGCAUAAUACAAUGUACAAUUUUGAGAUGUCUUUUACAAUUGUACGCUGAGACCUGUCAGAGUUACUAUUUUUAAGAGACUGGGUUGAAAAAAUAUACCCUGGUAGUUUUACAAUUAAAAAAAAAAUACAUUUUCGGGUUUUAGUUUUAGCUCCUUUCUACAACUGGUGGAGAAUGGACAGGAAAAUGUGGAUUGAUGGGGGACCAUCCAUAAUUAUAUUAUGUAUGCACUGAGAGGAGAAGUGGGGGGGGAGUGUUGACUUAGGAGAGUACGGGUGUGCAUGGGAGGAGGGAUUUGUCUACAUAUUUUAAAGACUAUAAAAUAACACCACCUUGUUUGGUAAUGAUGGUGAUGAUUGUCAUAUUGUUGCUUUGUGUUUUAACAAUGAACAUAUUUAGUCAACAUUUGCUAGUUUGCUUUGGGGCUGUAUGGCAUUAUUUUGUGACAUAACUCAUUCAUUUAUUCUUCUGCUGAACCACAGUGAUUGUGAAAACAGAAAACUACAAAUUUUUUUUAAUGCACUCUCAACUGCUCCGCACAACAGAUUAGGUUUUGACAUAUUUUAUAAGAUCUCGUAAACGGCAUUUAAAAUCUAUUUUAGAAACCACUAUGGACCUGCAAAACUUUAAUACCCCAGUUUGGUUUCAGCACUCCUCUUCCUUUCUCCCUCUACAGCUUGCAUUAGUUGUUAAUAUAUGUUAAAGGAAAAUAAAAUCCGACUCCUAUUCUUAAUGCAGUUGUGGCCAACCUGCAGCGUACCAUGUUAAAUGUGGUGGGCUGCAGGAUAUAUCCCAAAUUAACUUAUUUAUUCAGCUAAUAAGGCAUUAUUUUUAUUUUUGGCAUUAAUUCAUUUUUGAAAUGUAUAUACAUCACUUUUUGUGACAGUAUGCAGUGCAAUUUUCUUGUAUCCAACCCUUUUUUAGACUGAUUUUUUUUAAAAAUGAUUGAAAUUAGUAAUCUAAAAUCUUUUUUUAAAAAUCCCCCAAGCAUUCUGAUUAAGAGUAGAAUGAAUCAAAUCUAUAUUCAGGUAUCUAUGCCAAGUGAAUUUCUGCAUUUUGAAUUUAUAAAAUAAUUCCACAACCCCCACCUCAAACCCCACCCCACUUUCACUCGGGUGCGUUCCGCAAGCAAAAUCUAUAAUCAUAUCAAUCUGGACAUAAUAAAAGAAGCUUGAAAAUACUAAUUUAAAAUAAUUAAUGGUAGUCAUUUCAGCCAUUCUCUUUUUAGUCAAGGGUUUUUUUAUUUUUGGACAUGUUUUUUUUUUUUAGAGUCUGUGGACGGGCUUUGCAUUCUGGCAGGUUUUAUGGAACAACACGCCAUUAUAUUCUCUUUCUUUACUACAUGACCAAUUUUUUAUUUUCCCCAGAGAAUGGAACAAAAGCUUGCUUUAGCUGCUCAGCAAAACAUUGACAUGUGGGCACACAAGGAAUUGGAGGCCAAGCACAAGAAGGCUGACUUGGACAAAGAAACUGACAUGGAGAAGGUUUGGUGUCAUUGCCAUAGAAUCUUUAUAAAGGAAAAUUGGGAUUUAGGGUUUAAUUUCAGAGAUGUUAUGUGUUUAAGCAAUCCAAAUGUCCCAAGUCAAACAUCAUCUAUGGUUGCUAUGGUGAACAAUUUUGUACAAAUAAAAUCUUGAAAAUAUGGAUAGGGUAGAUUUUUUUUUUAAACUCCAUUUAUUCUCUGAUAUAUAAUUUGAGUUCAUGUUAAUGGGGUUUUUUUUCCCAAGUGUAAAUGUUAUUUUUAAAUAAAUAGAAAUUUUUAAAUGGAAAAUGUGUAAAUUUAAAAGAAAUUAUGAUUAAUAAAUAUUUCCCAUUCAUUAUUUAAAAUUGCAAUGCAACAUUUAAUAUUUUACGUUCUGGUUGCAAACCAUGUUUUUUUUUUACUUACUUGGCGUAUUAAAAUACUCCCUGGCCAGAUACAAUAGACUUUAUGCAAAUGGUUUAAAAGCUAUAUGGAAUGUAUUAAGUAUCAAAAGAUCACAGAUAUUAUUUGUGUUAUAAAAUGCCCUCAUGCACACCAGAACUAAUAUUUACUUUGUAAGUAGGUGAAAUAUUUUAGUUUUUGCGGGUCACCUAUGAUUCUUGAUCUCCAAAUCAACUCCUUGCCAUAUUAUAAUAAAGUGUUGAUAUUUUCAGCUUGUUUAUCUCACCACCAAGAACAGAGAGCUGGAGAAUGAAGUAUAUGAUCUGAUGAAUAAAAUCCACAGACAGAAGGUUUGUUUCACUCGUGUUGUUUUGAAGCUGCUUAAAACUUGUAUAAAUAAUUCUUUACCAUGCUUUCAGUUUAAGAAAUUUAUAUAUGCUAUAAGUAUUUCUGCCUUUAUAUAUUCAUUCACAUGUGAUAUAAUUUAACUUUUGCCAUUAAAAAAAAUAAAACUAUGAACUUACAUGCCAGAUGUUUAAAAUUCACUUAAGCAACUUUAGAAUAGAGGUAUUCAAUCAUGUGCAGUUGUUUAUCAUUGAUUAAUACCAGUGAAGCUAAAACAUAAGGUUUUUAACCACACACACAAAAAUAAAUAUUUAAAAAAAGAAUAUAUUCUUUCCUUUUGUAAUAAUUUUCAAUGGAAACAAAAAAAUACUAAAAGAAAUUUGCUGGGCUGUAACUGAUCAGUUCAAAUCUCAUCUUUAAUACGUAAAUGAACAGCAGCGUUAAAUGCUUUUCAAAUUUUAACGUUUUCAGGGUUACUUCUAUUUUCAUCCUCUCCAUUUCUUUUCUAGAAAACCGAGACUGCUUUGGGAUAUCAGGUGAUAGCAGAAGAAAGAGUAAUUGGGAUAGGCAACAAGGAAAGAAGGAUGAGGACAGCAGAAGAUGAACUGUUAGCUGGGAGACAUCACACUCUAGACCUGAUGGAUAAAACUGAAGAUAGGGAAGAUGGUUAGUACACUGUGUCAUCUUGUGAUGAACAAGUUUUCGUUUUCAGUCCUUACAUAGAAUGUCCAGAAAAAAAGUUAGGGCAUUUUAGAUUUUUUUAUAUUAGUAAAUCAGGAUGAUUUUAAAUAAGUUGAUUGAAGCAGUUCUAUGCACCAUGUAGCAAAUACCUAGCCAGGAUAGCUAAACUUUGGAAAGGUUGCAUUAUUAGUUGUAUAUUACAUGUUUAUUGCUCAUGUGCAAUAUCCACUUCAAAAUUACUAUUAAUAGAUUACUAAAGAUAACUAAUUUGAAUAUCUUCUCCAACAGCCAAGAAACACAUUUGACAGAAAAUUUAUUCUUUUAUUUCAGGAUCUAUUGGACAAAUUAAUAGUCGAGAUCUUCCUCCAAAUUCAUCCCUAGAGCUUUCAAGAGGUAGGUUUUAUUAUCUAAAGGCAACAUUGAAAAAGAGUAAUAUGGAAAAAGAUGUUAUGGCACAAAUUUUUCAGUUUUAAACUUUUAAAAUAUGAUCUUGUUUCGGAUAUUCAUUCAAAUAAGGAUUUGAUUAUAAUAUAAAAAAACUAAAGAAAUGAACCUAGACAAUUAGAUAGUACUAGAGGUGGUUUAAUCGCCUGAGUAUUGAAAUCUCAAAAUGGCACUAAAAUAUUUGGAGGGCAAACACAUAAACUCAAUAAAUUUAGCUAACAGCUUCAUUUUGCUUAUUAUUGGUCGUACACUUAUUUGUAAUCAUUUCCUUUUAGUUUAAUGUGAAUUAUUUUAUUUUAUAUUAAAUAAGCUAAUAUUUCAGGGUGGUUUUUUUUACUCCUAAAAAAAUCAGUUUCAUUUGAGAGAAAUCGGCGUGCCUUUGAUGAAAAUGAAGUGGCGUUGCUAAAUAAUGUGCGACAGUUGCGUCAAAAAUUGGCAACAGAAGGCAGAAACAAGAAGCCGCCCCCUCCAAGUUCGAUAAACUAAAUCUAAUAAAUAAAUGAUCAAAUUAAUUUAUUUUAUUUUACUGAACAUUAUUUAGCAUUUUAGCAUGUAAAGUAUACUUAUCCUAAUUUAUUCCUUAUUCCGAGAGAAGGCUAGGUUAUGAUUUUUAUUUUGAAAAAUCAUAACUUUUCAUUACAUCAUGAUUUUUAAAAAUCAGUUUGAAUUUAUUAGGUGUUAUUUUGAACUAGAAAUAAUUGUUUUGAUAAAACAAAUGAAGGGUAAAGAUUAAUAAUUCAUUAACAAUAUAUUUGUUUAUAGAAGGUAAUAACUAUACCAGUAUACCUUAAAAACUGAUGAGAUUAUACAAGAGUACGAUUGUUUAUUUUUAAGUUAAUACAUUUUCUUGGUAGAAGAUAUUUAAUAUAUUUUUUUCUAGUUGCUAAAAGAAUUGGGGAAAAUGUAUUCAUUUAACUUUAAUUAAAAUAAUUCCCAAAUCAUAUUCAUAUUAGAUAUUAAUGUAUGAAGUAUUUGUUUUAAAUAGUUAAAUUAGUUUUUACCAACUUGGAGCUUUCUCAGCCAAAUCUGAAAGCUUUUGUUGAGUUGCUUUACUCUAGAUACUGGUGUUUAUGCCUUGGAAAUGUUACAAAUGGAUAGUAUUGUAUAUAUGUUUUAAUACUGUCAAUAUUUUAUUAUAAUUAUUAUUAUUAUUAAUCCCUUUUUUGUGUGUAUACAUCAUGUAAUAAAAAUGUUUGAUAUCUUUUUAUUAUACCAAAGAUUACUGUUGUUUUAUUUAUUUUUCUACAUUUUAAUAUAAUGAUUUCAUUAAUAUAAAUUCUGUAAUAAGAAAGAAAAAAAAAAAUUAGAAUGCUAUAAAUAAAUUUUUGGUGAACAUUGAAAACCUGAAUAUGGCACAAUGUGACUGAAUUGAACAAACUGUGUUCUUUGAAGGAAACAACAACCUUCAAAAAGAAUUUUACUAGAAGUUUCAAACUGGUGUUAUAAUGAUGAGUUAGACUCACUUGAUGCUUAGACUCACUUAAUGCAGGACUACACAUCCCAUUAUUAGGCCAUAUGGGUUACUAUCCAACUUCUGAAAUUAAUUAGCAAUAUUGUAAGUCUUGCAUUGUUCAGCUGAGCUGAAUACAAAUUUUGACAGAAAGGAGACACCAGCAUUC